AUGGAUCUGAAAAGCGACUAUAAUUAAAAGGUGAAAAUAGCUCUGAUAGGAGCAACUGGGGCUGUUGGCAAAGAGGUAGUCAGAUUAGCCAAAUUUGAUGAUAGAAUUGAGGAGCUAUCUCUAAUAGUUCGAAAACCCCUAGCUGAGUGGGUUGCAGAAGACUUUUCAUGCAAAUUAGUUAUUCAUUAACUGCCUGAUUUCAAUGAUUUGAGUUCUAUUGAGUAAAAGCUACAAGGAUAUGACAUCUUUUUAUGCACUCUAGGUACACUUAGGAAAUACGGAUUAGAUAAUUUCAUCAAAGUAGAUCAUGAUUACCCUCUAAACUUUGCUAAGUUGGCAAAGAAACUUAAUGUUAAGCAAUAUGGAAUAGUGACAGCCUAGGGUGCUGAUUAAAAUUCUUGUUUGCUCUAUUCAAAAACAAAGGGACUUACUGAACUGCAUAUAAGGGAGUAAGGAUUAGAGUAUCUCACUAUACUGCGACCAGGUUUAUUGGUUAACAGAGACAAUGAUGCCAGAUGUGCUGAGAAAUUCUAUGCAUGUUUACCUUGUAUUCCUAGAAUAAGAGCCUCAGAAGUUGGGCAAGUGCUUUUGAGUCAUAGUAUUAAUAAGAUCUUAAAUACCAAUCUAGGCUCUUAAUCCUAGGCAGUAGAAAUACUAAGUCAUGGGAUGAUUAAAAAAUCGAUCUAUCUUAAGAAAAAAUGA